AUGAGCUACUCUGCGCCUGUGUCGGUAGGAUCUGAUGACUCGGACAGCGUCAGUGCAGGUGAGUCCGUUUACGGGGAGUGGAAGGAGGACCUGUUGGCGUGUCUGGAAGGCAUCAAAGCCGUCGGCGACAUUGCCAGCUUCUCAAGAUACCCCGCCUUCGCCAACCCGGGCCUCAAGAUCGGAGACAACCCGCCCAUCCCGCUUCCGCUAGCACCCCGCGAUGCCGAAGUCAUCAAGGCAGCCUGCAGGCAGGCUCCGUUCGGCAGGGGUGAUGAGACUGUCGUCGACACGGCGUCAUCGUUCUGCCCUCGGAACACCAAGGGCGACGUUCACAUCUCAUUCGGAUCGGAUGUGCGGAGUUUCUCAACGGCUCCAUUCUCGACGUUCGACAUUACCGCACUCGCUUGGUUCUCCGACGUCUCGCACGAGGUCAAGGAGCUGGUCUCCGGAUACCGUCUGGCUUUGACGUACAACAUCGUUCAACAAACAGGAGAGCCGCAGUCUGCCGCAUUUUGGGGCCAACAGGCGCAGGAAGUGAAGAAGAUGUUGCGUCAAUGGGAGAACAACUUCCCCGAGGAGGACUUUCUCGUCUAUCCCUUGGACCACAAGUACUCAGAGUCCACAGUCUCGGUGCAGAACAUGAAGGGCCGCGACAAGGCCGUUUGUAAGGUCCUGCAGAAUGUCGGCUCCGAGAGCGGCGUCUACCUCCUGUUCGGACACAUGACGCGCAGCGAGCAAGGAGCGAUGCCUCACUGGUACGGCUACGGCGCUGAGGAAGACGAUGAUGACGGGGAAGACACCUACACGACCAUGAACAAGAUAUACUCUGCGGAAGGCGAUGAAAUCGAUGCCAGGAUUAAUCCAGAGAAGGAACAGAUUCUGGACAUGGAUAAGUUCACUUCCGGGAACGCUGAUAGCGAGGACGAGGGAGAAUUCACUGGAAACGAGGCCGCUGAAAACACUCUGCGGUAUCACAACUAUGUCGUGGUUCUUCUGAAGAAGAGGAGUCUCAGGCACCACCACUAUGGUUCUGCAAGCUUGCUCCAAUUCGAGAACUCCAUAUCCAUGGUGGCAAGCGACAUGGAGAAGCAUAUUGACGACAAAGAUACAAGAACUGUGGCUCAAGCCUUUUUACGUGAUUGCAUUGAAAGGCGUGGCAUUUCAAAGAACGGAGUCUACAUGAUAAUUCGUUGCGCUAUGCAACUCGAUGAUAGCGAGCUCUUCCGCCGGGUCAUGUCGUCUGCCGCCAAGCAGAGCGAAAAGACUCAUUCCAAAGCUCUCGACAUGACCCGCGAUUAUCUGGAGGAGAAGUUCGCCAGUAACCCCGACGCGGUGGAGUGGGACAAAUGGAUCGGCACGUCUGCCCAGAACAGUCUUGGAACCCUGCAUGCUACUGUCUCGAAGUUGUGUUCUCGAUUCAAGUCGGAGGCAUUGCGAAAGUCCUUCGCUCAGUGGGGGCUAGAGAGGCUAAAUGAGAAGCUUGAGUCUCAGGAGGUGAUGACUACCGAGGAGCACGUAUUCUUCACGCAUGGCCUAAAGGUGUAUAACGAUAAUCAGGAUUGGAUCAAGUCUACACUGCUUCAGACUCUCGUCGUUCGAGGUACACGUGACCUUCUCUAUCAGGUUCUCUCAUUUGUCUUUGAUAACAGAGAGAAGCCUGAGUACUUGGACGCAACGGAGGUGUACGAAUAUGUCCUUGACCAAGGUCCCGGUUGCCUACUUCUCCAAGGCCCCGACCUUAUCCCCAGGCCUAUUCGGGCCGGCGGCGCGUGCUCUGGCCCUCUCAGGGAGUUUGCAGCCAUAUUCAAUAAUGUCCUUGACCUCGGCCUCAAAGCACAUGGAAACAAGCUCUUGGAUGCACUCUGCAAUAACCUGGUACGACUCAAGGCGGAGUGCAAGCCAAAGAAUAUCGGCGGAGACGUGGUGGUUAAGCUCAUCGGACCCCUGAUGACAGCCUUGGAAAAGCACAGCAUCGCUCCCCCUUCCGCGAUGAAAGACCUGUUGCAACUUAUUCUGGGUGAAGGUCUACACAGACAAAUCCCAGCCCGCCCGCCAAAGCCAUUGGGUUGGAAGCACAAACCGAUCAACAAGUGCAACCGAUUCACCGGUGCCUUUUGCCGCGCUUUUGAUGAGCUGCAUGUCUUCUUGGCCAACAAGAAAGACCAGGUCUGGAGGUAUAAGAGUGGCGAAUCCCUCCGCAAUCACGUCGAGGCUAUGCUCAGGACCUCCAUCAUUAUGGGACACUUCAAGCUAACCACCGAACGUGUUGGGUUACCAUAUACGCUGGUUGUCGAAAAGACGGGCAAGGAGUACGCAGACGAGCUGGACUGCUGGAAGGAAAGCUUGGUGACCCUGGAAGAUCAAGUCAAACCCCUGGUGGGUGACAUGGUGGCUGAUAUCCUGGGCGAUGAAGCAUACAGGGAGCUGAUCCUGCUCGAGGAAUUGCGCGACGGGAAAUUGCGCGACGGGGAGGUUGGAACUAGUGUUGCUGGAACGAAACGUACUGCGGAUGGAGCUUCGGACGGUCAACCUAAGAGUUCACGCCUGCGGACGUGA